GUUCAAGAGCCAACUGCCCCAGCCCGGCCAAACCGCUCGUACCGAUUGUGCGCAUGGCCUCUCCCUUGACCCCCAUGUCUCUUCCUCGCAUUUCCAUCGGCAUCCAUGACUGAGCUCAUAUCCUCUGUCGUCAUCAACGCUACCGAGGUGCGAGAGUCGCCCUCUCGCCAUGUCGUCUAUCAACUUUCCAUCCGCACGCCCAGUCGGUCCUGGACGGUCUGGCGCCGCUACUCCGAGUUCGAAACCCUGCAUUCGCUACUGCGAGAGCUCUCGCCGACACCCUUCGGCUUGCCCCCAAAGUCCUUUUCCAUCUGGGGCAACACCCUCUCAGAUCCAUCCAAGGUCGAAGCCCGCCGCCUCGGCCUCGAGACUUACGUGCAGACCAUCCUCAACCACGAGAACGAUUUGUGGAAGACGUCCAAGGCGUGGUUUGACUUUAUAGCCCUGCCCGAGUCCUCUCGCCGCCUCAGCAUCCUCGGCAGGACCCCGUCCAACGGUGGUGGCAAUCCCACCGACCCGGCCGGUGUCGUCGCCAGCGCCCCGGUCGACCGCCCGCUGUACACCACCGAGUCCUGGAUGGACGAGCUCCGGGAUAUGCAGCAGUUCUGCAAAGAAAUCCGCACCAAGAUUGCUGCCCGCGACCGGUUUGCUCAGGCAGGCGACACUGCCUCGAUGCAGUAUGCGUCGAUGCAGGGCAAGAAGGGCCUCGGCGUGGUCUCAACCCGCAUUUCCGAUCUUGAAUAUGCCCUGGCCCAGCACAAGCCCGCCCCGGGCCAGGGCCGUCCGUCCUCGGUUUCGUCCGGCGAGCCCGCUGCCCUGCAGCGUUUGCCCUCGGCCACCCGCUCGACUGUCCUGACUGCCGGCGAGUACAGCCGUCGUCAGGAUUUGCUGGACAGCCUCAAGGAAGAGCGCGACGUCCUCUCCAAGUUGCUUUCCAGCAACCCAUCCGUCUACCGGCAGCCCCGAGUCGAUUCGGCCGAGCGAAACGCCCUCCUUGGGUUUGGGUCGAUCGGAGCUGGUGGCUACUCGAGCUCCGUCUCCACUAGUCCAAAUGAGUCAUUUGGCACUGUUCCGACGGGUUCGUCAGCGGCCUCGUCGACCGCCCGGCCGAACAAUACGACGCCGCCGCGGUCGACUCGACGAUUCGGCCAGCCCAAAGAAACCGAGCAGACACGCGCGCUUGACCAACAGGGUCUCCUGCAGCUGCAGAAACAAACGAUGAACCAGCAGGACCAGUCCGUCGAUAUGCUGUCUUCGAUCCUUCAGCGGCAGAAGCAAAUUGGCCUCGCCAUCUCGGACGAGCUCGAUACGCAAAACUCGCUUCUUGAAGAUCUUGAUGAGAACGUCGAUCGGGUGGGUCGGAACUUGAAGAAGGCAGACAAGCGACUGGCCAAUGUGCGAAAGGGCUAGUGAUCACCCAGCCUUGAUCCUUUAUCGGAUCAAUUCAUCACUACCGGCCGACCUGCCGAUCGACCAACCGACCAAUUGCCCGCGUCGCAUCGCUCAGUCA